ACAACAGUUGUCACUUUUCCUAACAGUAAACAAAUUAACGUAAUCUAAAGACAUGUAAUAACUGAAUAUAUUAUAUUUUAUGAAAUAUUAGAUAAUAUGUGAAUUGAAUAGGCGAUACGUGUAGUUGAAAAACAAUGACUUAUUACAGUGGAAGUACCGGAACGUAAGCAGGUGACAGUAAGUCAACUGUAAUAUUGUAAACAAAGUUACGACAAAUUGUUAUAAGGAAUCCAAUAUUUAAAAACGGUUGGGUUUUUUUUCACAGUACUGCAUAACUUGUAAGAUGUGCUUUACCACCUAUUAAACUUAGAAAAUGAACAUUAUAUUUCUAUAAAGUUAUAAUUUAUAAAAAGAAUUAUAAUUUACAAUCAUGAGACAUGAAAGAACAGAUAUGUAUUCCAGACCCAAAGAAUUUUUUCCCUACAUACCGCUUCAGUCGGAUGUUUGUGAUAAUGCCUUCAAAAGUCGAGAGAAGAGUAGCAUGACAUCAAGUUUUAAAAGUGGUUCAAGAAUAACUGACAUUGGUACUUGGAGAAAAAACUUGUCACCACAACAUUUGGAUAAAUCUUUUCAUCUGCCUAUAGAAAAAUUAGCUUUAUCUCCUCUUGACAACACACCUAGACAGCGUUAUGCUGGUGUACCUAUGGUUCGACAAAUGGAUGGAUUGUCUUCUAAUAGAAUACAAGAUGAUAUAGAAGUUAAUCCACAACCAGCACCUUUUAAAAGUGAAGAUUUUAUGUCAUCUACAGUAAUGAAGAAUGUUCCUAUCUCUAAACGUCAUCUUGAUAAUUUUACUACAUUAGACAAUAAAUAUUCAGGAAAACGAGGAGUAGCUUUACAUACACAACGAUAUAAUUUCGAUACAAAUAGAUCCUUAGACAGUUUAACACAGCGUGACAGAUUAUUAGCUGAGAUAGAAGCAUUAGAAAAAUUACGAGAUAUAAAACGUAAAACAGAAAUAUUACCCCAUAGAUUACCAUUAGAUUUAUGUAUGGGUGGUAAAAGAUUAGAUAUAGAAGAGAGGUUUGAUAUCAAUAGAGAAAUUCGUCGAUUAAAAGCCAUGGUUUUACCCCAAUAUGCUAAAGAUCUUUACCAUGGACGAGGUAUUCAUCUUCCAAGUCACCAUGCUUCCAUUAAACCUCGUCAACAACCAAUACCAGAUAAUGAUAGUGAUGAUGGUUUUUCAGCUUCUGCACCGGCCUCUUUGAGGAGAAUGCCACCACGACAUAUGUUUGAUUCUGAAUCUUCUACAUCAUUCAUGGAUUUUCUUCCAAGUUCACAUCGAACAGAAAAAUUACCAAGUAUAAAAAGACAACCUAAUUUAGUUGGAAACAAGCAAGCAGUUGUACUGUUGUCACAUGAAAGGCGUAAUACAGAACAAAUCUGUGCUAGAUUACAUCAAAACAGUUUUAGUUUAGUUCAGUCCUUGUCACAUUCUAAAUCCAAUGUAUUACCAAGGGUCCACAGAAACCCUUCAUCAUGGGUAGAAGAACAGAAUCAACAUUUACAAGACAGACAAGAGAAAUCAAGUAGUAAAGAAACUGUCAAUAUAAAAUUACCUGAUGAAGCAAGAUCUGAGGGAGAUAAUGUGAGUCCUGGACCACCACCACCUACAGCCGGCGGUGCUAGUCUUCAAUCACUUAAUAAAACACAACCUUUAACACCAUAUCCUUUAAAAGGAUCAGAACUUGUGUCAACUGUACCGGACGAUCAAAAACAAGCUUUAAGAGAAACGUUUGAAAGACUUGAUGCUGAUUCAGAUGGACAUUUGAAAUAUAAUGAACUGCUUCCAGUAUUGCCAUCCAAAUUUUCACCUCAACAAGAACAGUUUGUAAAACAGGUUUAUGACAUCACUAGUUCUGGUACAUAUUUUGGUAUUGAUGAAUUUUUAACAAUGUCUCAACUUGGUGAAAACAUGAAGGAAUUAGGUAAGGAAGCGAGUGAUGCCUAUGAGAUAUUAGAUGACAUAGAUAUUAAGAACUUUACUAUUAAAUAUGUAGAAUUAUUUCAGCGUGUAGAUACAAGCCAAAGGGGUAGUAUUUCAGUGAAUUCUCUCCAAGAAAUUUUAUCAACAGUUUUUGAAAAAAACUUAAAAUUGGAUUCAACAUUGUGGAAUAGAAUCAUAUGUUCAAUAAAUUUGACAGUACCAGAAUAUAUUACCAAAAUAGAAUAUCUGGCUCAUUUACCAUAUUUUCAUAUGCUAGGUACAAAGACAUUGUAAAUCUAAAGGAAUGAGAUAAGACAAGACAUUCUGACUUAAUAUCCCGAUGACAUCACUACUUCACAAAUGUACCAAGGGUCUGUAAGUGAAAAAACAUUCUGGUCCACCAGGAACUAUGGGGGAUCAUUCAACUAACUUGGUUGGAAGAUACAUUUUGUCAAGUGUAACUUUUAAAAGAUUUAAAAGUAUUUCGGGUUAGAUUUGUACUUUUUUCAAAUUCUUGUGCAUGUGCCUCCAAUAUUUAUUAUCUGUAGGCCUAAAGUAAUCUUGUUGUCCCCCGCCUGUCGAAGAAAGCAGUUGACUAUUUAAAUGGGUUUGUCCGUCCAUCUGUCUGUCUGUCCAUCUGUCACACUUUUUGGGACACAAUAACUCUCCUUCUAAUUGAGCUAGAAUGUUUAAACUUGGUGUAGGUGUUUAUUAGGUCGAUGCCUUGAUGGACUUUGAAGAUGAGCAUUUUCUGCUAAGGGAAAGCAGAGAUAAGCAAUUUGAUUGGUUGAUGCUUUGGGACACAAUAACUUUACUUCUGAUUAAGUGAGAAUGAUCAAACUUGGUGUGUAGUUUCAUUACAUCAAUAUACCUAAGUUCGAUAAUGAACAUCUUCUGCCGAGGGUAAGCAGAGCGAUAAGCAAUUUGAUUGGUCGAGGUAGAAUGUUCAAAUUUGGUUUGGCGUUCAUUAGGUGAAUGUCUUGAUGGAGUUCGAAGAUGAGCAUUUUCUGCUUAGCGUAAGCAGAGAUAAGCAAUUUGAUUGGUUGAUUCUUUGGGACACAAUAACUUUGGUUAUAAUUAAGUGAGAGCUAUAUGAAACUCCUAGUAUAGAUUCAUUAUAUCAUUACCUUGACUAAGUUUAAUGAGAAUUUUCUGCUUUGGCUAAGGAGCGAUACGCAAUUUGAUUGGUCAAGAUUUUGGAACAUAACAACUCUGCUGUUGUAAAUGAGUGUUUUUAUAAAGGUCACGUGAUUAGUGUGACGUAACUGAUGUUAAACGAUUCACUUAUUAUACAGCUACCAAACAUACAACACGUCGCUACUACAGCCCGUCUACUUGAGUGUUUGGUGGUUCAACAUAGUAAGUCACGAAAACUUAUUUAAUUCUUAUCUGAAUUAUAAAUUAAUAUUUUUGCUGACUUUUUCAAGUCGGUUCUUUAAGUCCUAUCAGUUACAGUCUAUGUUCCACUUGUUAUUGGUAUAAUAAUCGGACUUGGCAUUGCGAUGAGAUGAACUCUACGCGCCACAAUUCUUGUAGUUGGAAGGAAAGUCACUGAAUGAAAUAUCAGCCUCUAACUAUUCAUUCAUGGGUAGGGUUAAGAAUCGUUCACUUAGUGAACUGUCUACAUCUUUGGUAAAGUACACAAAGGAGUCUUUGUCCAGUUUAAACGUGACUAUUGAUUUUGGUGGAUGCCCUGACCCCCAGGGGCAGAGCCAUGCCUAAUUUUUGCCUUUAGCGCCCGAAGGCCACAAUUCUGAAUGGAUUAUCUUGGAACUUGGUAUACUUCUUCCUUAUACCCUGAGGACGGCAACUAUUGAUGUUGGUGCAGGACUCUCCCCCCCCCCCCCUGCACCAGUGACAAGUUUCAUUUCAGCCCGAGUCACCACUAGCCAAUGAAGUUUGUGGCAUUACUGAAAGACCAGCUCAUGCUCGGACUCUCUUUCCACAAUUGCGGAAGGAUGUAGCUUGGAUUAAGGAUGCAAUGUGUGACACUCGUAUGAUGCGUUAUGAUACGCGGUCCACCCAACACAAGCUGCUUGAGUCUCAACGUCCCUUUUAUAGAUUAAGCUGUCCAAUGCCGUUUCGGGGACAUCAGAAUUCAAGUGGUCGUAAUUCUUCGGAUCGCAGCUGGUCUCCAUCUCCCAAUCUGUAUGCCUAUCCAUCUCAGGAUUCACGUAAAAGGUUUGACCACCCUUAUGGUAGUCUGGAGGCUCAGCGUGGGGGGGUGUCCAUCAAAUGGGCACAAAACCGGACCCAACUUUUCUAGAGUAAAAUUUUGCGUAGAAUACGAUGCCGAGUGGUAAUCAGUCCGCAUUUUCGAGAUAGCAAGUUUACAUUUUUAUUGAAAGUGUGAUUACUUCCGAUCAUUUUCACCUUCUUUUCCUAAUACAAGAAUGACUGCGGAUUCACUUUCAGUGCAAAUGAACUCAUUUGACCUUUGACCCCAAAUAUCUCGAAAAAGCCCCAACGUCGGACUGAUUACCACUCGGCAUCGUAUUCUACCAAAAUUUUACUCUUGAAAAGUUGGGUCUCGUUUUGUGCCCAUUUGAUGGACACCGCCCCCGCGCUGAGCCUCCGGUCUAUGGUCAGUCCUUCAGGUCACAGUCCAGGUCUGGUCAUAACUCGCCUUCCUGCAAACUUCCUUGGACUCCUCGGCAUUCUCCAGGUGAUGCUGCUGCUCAAUGGCAAUUUUCAUCAUCUAGAAAUCGUGAUCACCAUACACAAUUACUAUCAGCUUUUGGGGUUAAACCUGUUCUGAUGCAACAGACGGAGACAAUAUCAACCUUUAAAGUUCGCGGUGUUGCUGACAGACCAGCAAUGUUCGAUAUUCAACAGACUAUGCUGCGUUAUGACACACGGUUCAUUCAACAGAAUACACUUACACCCGGACAUCCCUUUUAAAGAUUCCGCUCUUCAGUGCCCAAUCGGGGGUAUCAGAAUUCAGAUGAUCGCAAUUCUUCUGAUUGUAGCCUGUCUCCAUCUCCUAACCCUUAUAUCCAUUCAUCUCAAGAUGCAUGCAACACGUUUGACCGCUCUUCUGGCCAGUUGUCCAUGUCACCAUCUUGGUCUUGUCUUCGCUCUGCUUCACCAUGUGGUGCCAUUGCGGAUCAACACUCACAGUGGCAAUCAAUUUCUACUUGUUUGAACAGCAAACUGAUGCAGUGAUAUCAGCAUCCUUUUUGAAUGGGGUGGAGAAAGUAGAGCUAGGAAAAGCUGUUCGAUUGAAGGGAAUCGAUUCUGAGCCGUUUUCUGGUAAUUUAUUACCUGGUAAUACUACAACAUUUGUAAGUUCUUUCUUGGAUUUUGGUGUGGUUCCCAUGUUUGACCAUGUCACUAUUGGAUUGUACUCUCCAGUACAGAAUAACUGUGUGAUGAAUGGUGCCUUUUCCGUAGGAGAAGAGAUUCUUGUUGCUUCCGUAAAUCGCAUACCUUCUUCCGAAGCAAAUAUUUCCAGCGUAACCAGUGCUGGAUUUGCGAAAGACUCUAAUUGCUUUGUCUGCUUAGGACAAGGUUCUGUAGAUCCUGAUACCAAAGUUGAUGUUCAGACAGGAGUCGAAACUGGUGCUAAAAAUGUUAUGCCAUCUCAUUCUGACUGGAGCCCUACAACAGUUUUGAUACACAAGUAGGUGAGAACGAUUGGAAGGUGUGCCAACUUUCCUAUGGUGCUGGUUGUGUCAGAGAUGAGUGACCGUAGCUGGGUCUCCUGUUAUACCAGCGCAGAAAUAAGCAUCCAAGAAUGUACAAAGGAGAUCUCUGCCACUUGGUUAUCUUUGGUUGCAGGUUUUUGUGGCAUAACAUCAGAUUCGUGCUUGGUGAUGUUGGGUAUGUCAUUGAUUCGUACUACAAGACUGAACAUACUACAAGACUGAACAGAGUAUGAAGUUGCCACCUCCUUGGAAAGAUCAUUAUCUUGGUAUUGCUGCAAACCUCAUAUUGUAUCGGUUGGAUGCCAGAAAACAACAAAUAGUUAUCCACCGUGAUCGGAUCAAGCAAGGCUUGAACUACUUUCCAUUAUGGUUGGAGCGACACAGACAUUCAUUUCCAGGUCUAGAAACUGGUGUUGUUUCCCCCUGCCUGGAAUCUAUUCCCUUGGAAUCAAUGAUGUUCUGGAAGAUAACAGACUUACCUUACAGUUGAUGAAUUGGUUCCAGCUGAUUCAUUCUUUGAGCAUGCGUUGAAGGAUGUUUUGACUCUGACCUGAAGUCUUCGCCAGAAGUUUUAAUGAUUUUACUGUGUAGAUAGCGUUCAGUUUUAUUGUACAUACCGUACUGAUUUUAACAAGAUGUUUGGUCCCUGUAUGAGGUUCCCUGAUGUGUUGUAAGAUUCCCUUCUGUACCCUUAUCCUGACCAAGUGCCAACAAAACAGGGAGGAAUGUUGUAAUUGAGUGUUUUUAUAAAGGUCAAGUGAUUAGUGUGAGGUAACUGAUGUUAAACGAGUCACUUAUUAUACAGCUACCAAACAUACAACACGUCACUACUACAGCUCAUCUACUUGAGUGUUUGGUGGUUCAACAUAGUAAGUCACAAAAUAUUACACUGCUUUUAAUUGAGGUAGAAUGUUUAAACUUGAUGCAGAUGCAGAUGUUCAUUAGGUGAAUGUCUUGACUGAGUUUAAUGAUUAACAUUUCGAGCUAAAGCUAAGCAGAGAUAAGCAAUUUCAUUGGUCAAUGCUUUGGGACAAGAUAACUUUGAUUCUAUCUGAUAGAGAGUGAUGAAACUUAGUGAUGAAAUUUGAAUGCUCGAUACUUUUGAAAAAAAUAAAUGUGCGAUUAAUUAAUAUGUGUCAUAUAUUUAUUUUGGGAUUUCGGCGGUAGACAUCAGCCUCACUGUUGGCUUGUUUUAUCAACAUAAUUCUGGGGUGAAUAAAUAUGUGAACAGUUGAAAUUUAAUGAUAGUCGUUUACAUCUGCUUAGUGCAUUCUACACGUUUUUGAAAUUAUUAUUUUGUUGUUUGUGAAUCAGCCUUUACUAAUUACUUCCACAUUGUGUUGUAGGAUAUGUUUUUAUUUGUUCAUUACAAAAUGGCACCUAAAACCAUAGGGUACACGACUUGUGUACUGAUUAUAAAAUGUUAAUUGUGUCUUAAAUAUUGGAUAUUAGGAUUCUAUAGUUUAACUGCAAGAUAACAACAUCAAUAUUGAUUUAAAUUGAUCAAUAUUAAAUUCUAAUUUGUUGUCUUAAUUUCAAAUAUUAUUAUGGAAAAUAUAGAGUUAGAGACUUAGCUCCUUUAAAGCUAUUGGUUUUGUUUUAUGAGUGGUUAUCACCAGACAUAUGACUCUGAUUUGAAUAAGAGUGGACUAUAAUUGACAUGUUCACUACUAAACAAUUUUUCUGUAAAAUAUUCCUUAAUAAUAUUACUGGUAAUUAAAUCAUGUAUUGUAUGACCUGGCAUAUGUUGACAUAUAAGGUCAGUUAAGUUUGACUAUUUAUUAUUAAAUUAUCUGUAUCAAAUGUGACAAUGGUGUUUUUCUAUUUUUAUGUAUGAGUGCAAAUAUAUUUAUAGAUUUUUCUUUGAAAUAAUAAAAUAUGU